UCGAAGGUCUUGUGGAAAGAAAGACGAUGCCUGGGAAAACGAUACCACCGAUCACGACAGAAAUCGUGGAAAAGCUGAAAGAGCUGGAGGAAGAAUUUCAAGAUGGUGAUCUUACAGAAAAGGGAUACUGGAAAAAGAAAUGCAAGUUAUUUGAUGGCUAUCUACCAGAGGAUGUCAGCAAGAUUAUUACAGGACUGGAAAAAGGACUGAAAGAAAACAUCAUUACUGAGAAGGGAUAUUUCAAGAAUCUAAAGAAGGUGUUUGAUAAGGUAUAUGAUAGUGAGAAUGGGGUGAUGAUCGAGACAGAGGGAUCGAGCAAGAAGACGGGGAAUGGACUGAUGGACUGUGAGAAUGGUGACCACAGGAACGGAGAUAAAAGUGAUCACGGCAGCAGAGACAAAGCUUCAGAGGAGUUCUUGGAGACCAGGCCUGUAGAUAAGUCCAAACCUGAUACCAAGCUUUCAGAUGAGCCCGGAACUGAUACCAAACCUGAAAAUGAGUCCAAAUCAGAAGCCAAAAAUGGAGACACAUUGAAAGAUGAAGAGUUACAGGCUGGAGAUGAUAGUGGGAGGAAUGAGGAAGAGAUGGAGGUUGAGGAGAGUAAAAGUACACCAGCCAAGUCGAAAAGAGACAAAAAGUCAAAGAAAACAUCAAACCAGCCAUCAAUAACAGCCAUGUUUUCUAGAACUCCAGGGAAGAGAAAAUCUAUGGCUGAUGAUGAGAAUAUUGCUGCCCCUGAUCAGGAGAAGGAGUUGAAGAAAGCUAAAUUAGAAGAGGAUGAAGCUGGGGAAACUAUAGACUUGGAUGGAGAUGAAAAGAAUGUUGAAGAGAAAACAAGACCUAAAGCUCCACCCGCGAAGCCUAAGGCACCUCCUGCCAAGUGUCGGGAAUGUAAACAGCUACUAGACGACCCAGAUCUUAGGAUGUUUCCUGGAGACCAGGAUACAGCAGUAGAAGAAUUUAUAGCCCUGACUGAUCCAAAGCUGUCUGUGUUCACUGGGGAGGAGGAAGAAAUUCACAGCUACGACCAGAGACCUCAGCAUAAAAUCACAAACUUCAGUGUAUAUGACAAGAACACCCACCUGUGUCCAUUUGACACGGGGUUGAUUGAGAAGAACAUAUACCUCUACUUCAGUGGAGUCGUUAAACCCAUCUAUGAUGAAAACUCAAGUCCAGAGGGAGGUAUACCAGCUUGUAAGUUGGGUCCAAUCAAUGAAUGGUGGACUGCAGGAUUUGAUGGAGGAGAGAAUGCUCUCAUUGGAUUUAGUACAGGCUAUGCGGAGUACAUCCUGAUGUCCCCCAGUGAGGCCUAUCAACCUUAUAUGGACACCAUGAGGGAGAAGAUUCACAUGAGUAAAGUGGUCAUUGAAUUUCUACAGAACAACCAAGAGGCCACAUACGAGGAUCUCCUCAACAAAAUACAGACCACAGUGCCCCCUACUGGACUGUCCAGCCUCACAGAAGACUCCUUACUGAGACAUGCCCAGUUUGUCUUGGAUCAGGUCCAGAGUUAUGAUGAAGCAGCAGAAGAUGAUGAAGGGUUACUCAUCACAACACCCUGCAUGAGAGCCCUCAUCAAACUGGCUGGGGUCACCCUUGGAAAACGGCGUCAGAUGAGGAAAGAGUUAAGAAAGACCAAAGAGAAGGUGAAGAAGCCAGCUUUCACCAUGGCCACCACAACGAGGCUGGUGACCCAGAUAUUUGAUAGCAUGUUUCAGGGGGAGAUUGAUGAUAAAAGUGGGCAGAAAUCCAAAAGACGCAGGUGUGGCAUCUGUGAGAUCUGUCAACAGCCAGAUUGUGGGAAAUGUACUGCUUGUAAAGAUAUGGUCAAGUUUGGAGGAUCCGGGCGAGCUAAACAGGCUUGUGUUAACAGAAGAUGUCCAAAUAUGGCGAUGAAGGAGGCUGAUGAAGAUGAUAUUCUAGAUGAUGAUGAUACAGAUGACAAGUUAAAUGUGAAGGAAAACAAAGAGACAACACCAAUAAAGAAACACAAGACAGUUCUUAAUACAAAGACAAAACUUUCCUGGAUUGGUGAAGCAAUACAUGAAGAUGGAAAGAAUUCUUAUUAUGCUGCAGUGUCAAUCAAUGAUGAACAGGUAAGCUUGGGUGAUUUUAUUUCCAUCAAGCCUGAGGAUGUGUCCAUACCUGUGUACAUCGCUAAGGUCAACUAUCUCUGGGAAAAUGCCAACGGAAACAAAAUGUGUCAUGCUCAGUGGUUAUGCAGAGGAAGUGAUACCUUACUAGGAGAAACAGCUGAUCCAUUGGAACUUUUCUUUAUUGAUGACUGUGAAAGCAUUAAACUAGAAUCAGCUCUAAAGAAAGUGACAGUUUUACACAAGGACACGCCCCUUGACUGGAAUAUGAUGGGAGGUAUAGAACACCCAGAGGAAGAGUUCCCAAUAGAGGAUGAUGGCAAUACAUUCUUCUAUCAAAAAUGGUAUGACCCAGAGCUGGCACGUUUUGAGGAUUUACCGAAACCUGAAAAAGCAGAGAACACAAAACAUCAUAAAUUCUGUCUUAGCUGCGAAAGGCUGGAUCAGCUAAGAAAGAAGGAGAAUCCAUCACUAGGUGAGGAGAUAAAACGUGAAGAUUCCUCGUCCACCAAGACGUUCUACAGUAGUGUGGCUCGGGAUGGAUUCCAGUUCAGAAUCGGGGAUUGUUGUUACAUAGAGCCCACUGCCUUUGGAUUUAAUGUCAAACAGCCACCUGUCAAGAAGGUCAAAUCUGAAAGGAAAGAGGUGGAUGAAGAGCUCUACCCUGAGGCCUAUAGAAAGGGGGAGUACAUUAAAGGUUCCAACGAGUCCCUCCCUGAACCUUACAAGAUUGGGAGGAUAUUGGAAAUCUUCUGUAAAAAGUCCCCAGGGUCAAAGAUAGUCAACCUAGGGGAAAUCAAGGUCAAGGUGGGAAAGUUCUACAGACCAGAGGACACACACAAAGGACCCAGGGCUGGGUACCACACGGACCUCAAUAUGCUCUACUGGUCAGAUGAAGAGGCGGUAGCGGACUUUAAGUUGGUGAAGGGGAAGUGUCAGGUCGUGUACAGCGAGAAUCUGAAGAGUUUAGAGGAGUACUUCUCGGAUGGCCUCGACAGAUUCUACUUUACUGAGGCAUAUGAUUCGGAGUCGAAGAUGUUUGAGGAACCACCACGACAAGCCAGAGUUUCAGGAGGAAAGGGAAAAGGUAAAGGCAAAGGGAAGGGUAAAAGUUCAGCCCCCAUAACAGAGGAGGAAUCUACAGAACCCAAGAAGAUCGACUACAAACGACUUCGCACUCUGGAUGUGUUCGCUGGAUGUGGAGGUAUAUCGGAAGGGUUCCACCAGGCAGGUGUAGCGGAAUCUUGCUGGGCCAUCGAGAAGGAGGAACCAGCAGCCCAGGCAUUCCGCCUCAAUAACCCCGGCUGUACCGUGUUUACAGAUGACUGCAAUGACCUUCUUAAGCUUGUUAUGGAGGGAGAGAAAAAGAAUAAUGUUGGUCAGAGGCUGCCCCAGAAAGGGGAUGUAGAACUUCUAUGUGGAGGUCCCCCUUGUCAGGGAUUCAGUGGAAUGAACCGGUUCAACUCCAGGGAAUACUCUAGAUUUAAGAAUUCACUGAUAGCCUCUUAUCUGAGUUACUGCGAUUAUUAUCGACCCAGAUUCUUUUUGCUGGAGAACGUCCGGAACUUUGUGUCAUUUAAGCGCAGCAUGGUUCUGAAGUUAGCCCUGCGAUGUUUGACGAGGAUGGGGUACCAGUGUACAUUUGGGGUCCUACAGGCAGGAUGUUAUGGCGUCCCACAAACUAGGAGAAGAGCUAUUAUCCUAGCUGCUGCUCCCGGAGAGAAGCUGCCAUUUUUCCCUGAGCCCCAACACGUAUUUGCUCCUCGAGCCAUGCAGUUGUCUGUGGUGGUGGACGAUAAAAAGUUCAUGUCCAAUAUCACGAGAACGGAGUCAGCUCCUUUCAGGACAAUCACGGUCAGGGACACAAUGUCUGAUCUCCCAGAAAUCAGGAACGGGGCCAAAGCUGAGGAGAUUUCUUAUCAAGGAGAUUACCAGUCCCAUUUCCAAAGGAUUAUACGAGGUAAACAACAUCAACCAAUAUUGAGAGAUCAUAUUUGUAAGGAGAUGAGUCCACUAGUGGCCGCCAGAAUGCAACACAUUCCCCUGGCCCCAGGAUCAGACUGGAGGGACCUUCCCAAUAUAGAGGUCCGACUCUCUGAUGGAACCAAAACUAAGAAAUUGCAGUACACUCACCAUGACAAGAAGAAUGGGAGGAGUUCCAGUGGCUGUCUUAGAGGGGUGUGUUCUUGUGCUGAGGGGAAACAGUGUGAGACCAUGGACCGACAGUUCAAUACUUUAAUUCCGUGGUGUCUCCCACACACCGGGAACAGACAUAAUCAUUGGGCGGGGCUGUAUGGAAGACUUCAAUAUGACGGAUUCUUCAGCACCACAGUCACUAACCCAGAGCCAAUGGGAAAACAGGGUAGAGUGUUACACCCAGAGCAGCAUCGUGUGGUAAGCGUGCGGGAGUGUGCCCGAUCUCAGGGAUUCCCCGACACCUACAGAUUCUUUGGCAGCAUAUUGGACAAACACAGACAGGUUGGGAAUGCGGUACCACCACCUAUGGCUAGGUUCAUUGGACUUGAGAUCAAGAAAUGUCUAGAGUGGAAGAUAACACAGGAAACAGACACAGAUACAAUGGAAGGGGUCAAAGGUGAAAUGAAGACUGAGGUCAAGGUCACCAAGGAAUCACCAUGUAAACCUGGCUCUUCUGUAGAUUAAAGAGACCUAGAAAAACUGAAUGGACAAGCAAAGUUAUAAUACAUGGAUCUAAAUCUAUAGAUACAGAAAAUUACUUCAAUGUUUCAAAGCUCAGAAAUGGCUCAGUUGAAACAAAGUUAGUUCUUGGCAUAUAUAAUGUCAAAUGAAUGAACUGUCAUUGUUAUAAAAUGCUGUGUAUGAAUUGGGUUUAAUAUUUUGAAAAUUGGAUUUGUCAGCAAGCAUGGUUUAAUUUCAGAUUACAAAUGUAGAAGAAAUAGAAAAAAGGAGAAUUUAUUGUGUUAAAAAAUGUAAUAAAACUGUGAUAUUGAAAGUUUUUUUCCAUUAAAAAAAACUAUAUUUUUAGAAUAAGUUAUUAUAAUUGUUUAGGCUAUGAAAUGCCUUUUUUUCCUCAAACAAUAAUAAGUGGUUACAUCACAUCAUAUGUAUAAUUUUUCAUGCAUUACGUUGUAUUAAACCUUGUUUACAGUGUUACCCAUGUAAAUAAACACUGCACAUUA